AUGACGACAAGCGCACUAAUAGGCGGUGUGGUCGGCGGGGUAGCCGGAUUGGGCCUCAUCGUCGGCUUCGCAUGGGCAGGCUAUCUCGUGGCCGAGCGCCGCCGCAGAGGGCAGCUCUGCGCACUAAAAGUCGACGUCGAGACGCCCGCAGUCCGCACCCUUGUACCAGUCCCCAUGCCUGGGGCAACGUACGAGCCGCCUGUGCCAAUUCUCGUCGCAGCGCAUACAGGUUGGGGCGUGCGGCCCCCGACGCGGCCCAAAGCGCGCCGGAUGAUGCGAUCGCCGGCGCGCCGCGCCAGCGAAAACGCUCUGCCAGCUCUUCUCGAGCUCGGUGAGAGCGAGUUUGAAGAAUGCCUUGCGUUCCAUUACCUCGAGUUCACGACUUGA